GAUACAGCCCGUUACAGACAAGUUGUUGCUACAGCACAAGCUUGAUUUGUACAGGGGCGAUGUGUGAACCGUCAGUCUGAGGUGGCCACUUGUACACAUUCUGCAUUUUAAUAUUUUCCUCCGAGGCACAGAGAAUAUCUUUUUAUUACGAUUAUAAUCUAUUUAUAUCUGACAGUUAUGCUAGCUAGCUGGCUGUGAAGUGUCGUGCAGCACAGACUAUGGUUCCCCUGAAACGCAGGAAAGUAACAUCAGUCCAAGAUGCAGAUCAAGACAGUAAAGUCUGUAAAUUUCCCGAGGUUGCUAUUUUCAUCGUGGAGAGGAAGAUGGGUGCCUCCAGAAAGGCUUUCCUUUCCCGGCUUGCAAGGAGCAAAGGGUUUCAGAUUGAAGAGUCCUACAGCCUUUCCGCCACUCAUGUUGUGUCAGAAAGUAACACCGGAGAUGAGGUCCUGGCCUGGCUUAAUAACCACACAGAGGGAGAAGUCUCGACGGACUCUAUCAAUCUGUUGGACAUCAGUUGGUUGACUGAGAGCAUGGCUGAAGGAAGGCCUCUAGCAAUUCAGUACAGACACAGGUUGAAGACCAGCCCAGAGCCCUCUCCAGACACUCCCGCAACCACAGUGAAGAGUUACGCCUGUCAAAGAAGAACUCCUCUGAAACAUCACAACACACACCUGACAGACGCUCUGGAGAUUUUAGCAGAAAACGCAGAGUUCAGUGAGAACGAGGGCAGGAGUGUAGCAUUUCGACGGUCAGCGUCUGUCUUGAAGGCUCUUCCUCAUGUUGUGCGUGGGAUGGACAACCUGAAGAACUUACCUUGCUUGGGCGAGCAUUCGCUCAGAGUUAUAAAGGAGAUUUUAGAGGACGGCACAUCAAGGGAAGUGGAGUCAACAAGACAGUCUGAACAAUAUCAGGCCAUGAAGGCUUUAACAGGUGUUUUUGGAGUGGGAGUAAAGAGUGCUGACCGCUGGUUUAGGGAGGGCCUACGAAGUCCAUUAGAUCUGAUACGCACUGGGCAAAAACUGAACCAAGCACAGCAGGCAGGAGUGCAGUAUUAUAAUGACCUGAACAGACCGGUAACUAAAAAGGAGGCUGUGGCCAUCAGUCAUAUAGUGGAGAAGGCAGUGAAUGCUGUGCUGCCUGGAGCCAUCAUUACACUCAUGGGAGGAUUCAGGAGAGGUAAGGAAGUUGGGCAUGACGUGGACUUCCUCAUCACUCACCCAGAGGAGGGAGCAGAGGAGGGGCUGAUGCCCAAAGUUCUGAAUUGGCUGGAGGAACAGGGUCUGCUGUUGUAUCAGAACACAACUAGGAAUUCUUACUUGGAGAGCAAAGACGGGCCUGCUCGACCUCCUCAUAACAUGGACCGAUUUGAGAGAUGUUUCUCUAUUUUUAAACUUGAACAAAGUAAAGAAGGAAGUGGAACACCUUUGAACGCUUCCUAUGACUCCGGUACUACAGAAGGUAUCAACGGGACAACAGAACAGCCAGGCCCUUCCUGGAGAGCGGUUCGAGUGGACCUCGUAGUCAGUCCAUUCAGUCAGUUUGCUUUUGCUACGCUUGGUUGGACAGGAUCCAAGCUGUUUGAGAGGGAGCUGAGGCGCUGGGCGGGGCAGGAGAAGGGCAUGUCCUUAAGCAGUCACGCUCUGUAUGACAGCAAACAAAAUCGGCCUCUUCUCCUUCAUUUCUCACCUGUUCUGCAGCAGCGCUAUCUUCGUGCAAAUUCAGAAGAAGAAAUCUUUGCCCAUUUGGGUCUGGAGUACAUCCCCCCAUGUGAGAGGAACGCCUGAUGCACUGCAGUCCAGCUUAGCUUCAAUCUACCUCAACAAAUCCAGCACUCAGCGAGGGUCAGCCAGAGUAAUUUUAUCCCCAGAUAGUAGCCUAACUUUAAUGAUUGUGUUCAGUCCAGCUGUUUUUGAGCAGUAUUCCUCUGCACGUAUGAGGAACGUUGAGAAAUAAGGCAUUGCCAACAUUCUUAUAGUUCUUCUAUUAGUUAAUUCCUCUUAGUUUCACAUCAAGUGCAUUACUUCUGGCAUUGAAUAUUUUAAAGUAAGCAUGUUCUGUUUUUAUAAGUCAGUUUCAUGGAAUUUCUUUACUCUCAUAAUUCCUUGCCACAUCAAAGUAUAAUAUACAGUUGUGUGCUAAAGUUUGGGCGCGCCCUGGUUAAAAGUAAUAGAGUAAAAAUUAUUACAUAUCAUCUACAGAGAACACAGUCCUGCACAUUUACUGCACAGUUAUAGUUUAUUUGCUGAGUUUAGCAUAUUAUGUUUAAUAAAAUUAAACGUAAAAUAGAAUGUUUACACUAAUAUUGGCCAUAUUUAAUUCCCUGUAAAUACCAUAUUUAAUUCCCUGUAGAGGUGUGUUUACAUAUUUUUACUUAGGAAAUCAGCAAAUGUAAUUUGACCAGGGGUGUUAAAACUUUUGCAUAUGACUGUAAAUCUGGUUUACAUUAAAUUUUAAAGUUGCAUCACACAAUACAGCUGAUUUUUGCUGAUGUGCAAAAAAUGAAAUUUUCAGGGAGGUUUUGUGUGUGUUUUAAUAUAUAUUAUGCAUUGAAAUAAACCAAAAUUAAAGCCUUUUUUGCGUUUUUCCCUAAAUCUCAGUACUGACAAAGUGGAUCUGAGGCAAAGGGAUGAACAACCGUUUCCCUGUUUUCUGUGGAAAUUACAUAAAUGCUCAUUCAAGAUGAGAGAUUCCGCCUCCAGAACAUCUCAGACUUGAAAGAUCAGUUUUAUUGCAGCAGCUAUUCGCUCCUACCAGUUCACCUGUCAUAUUACUUGUGCAACACGCCUUUCAGUCGAAGCGUA